AUGCUGUGGCUCAGUGGUGCCUGCAGCCUCACAGCUCCUGCUCUCUCCAGCUAUGACUCACAGAGUCCUUCUACUAACAGGCUGGUGGUUGGAGCCCCCCAGGAGAUAAAGGCUGCUGACCAGACGGGCGGCCUCUACCAGUGCGACUGCAGCGUGGGCAAGUGUGAACCCAUCCCCCUGCAGGUCCCCCCGGAGGCUGUGAACAUGUCCCUGGGCCUGUCUCUGGCGUUCGCCACCAAACCUUUCCGGCUGCUGGCAUGUGGACCCACCGUGCACCAAAUCUGCAAGGGGAACACCUAUGUGAACGGCUUCUGCUUCCUGUUUGUAUCCAAUCUACUGCAGCAACCCAGAAGGCUCCCAGAGGCCCUCAGAGGGUGCCCUCAGCAAGACAGUGACAUUGCUUUUUUGAUUGAUGGCUCUGGUAGCAUCAGCCCGACAGACUUUCAGAAGAUGAAGAACUUUGUCUCAACUGUGAUGAGUCAAUUCCCAAAGUCCAAAACCUUGUUCUCUUUGAUGCAGUACUCUGAAGAAUUUCAGACUCAUUUCACCUUCAACGAUUUCAAGAGAAACCCUUCCCCGGAAUUUCUGGUGAGGCCAAUAAUGCAGCUGCUGGGGAGGACACACACGGCCACAGCGAUCCGCAAAGUUGUAAGAGAACUGUUUCACAGCAGAAAUGGAUCCCGGGAGAAUGCCCAUAAGAUCUUGGUUGUCAUCACAGAUGGAGAAAAGUAUGGCGAUCCUUUGGACUACAAGGAUGUCAUCCCUGAAGCCGAUAGAAAGGGGGUCAUUCGCUACGUCAUUGGGGUGGGAGCUGCCUUCUUCAGUGACAAAUCUCUAAAAGAGCUCAAUACCAUCGCAUCCAAGCCGCCUGGUGAGCACGUGUUCCAGGUGAACAACUUUGAAGCUCUGAAGACCAUUCAGAACCAGCUUCAGGAAAAGAUCUUUGCGAUUGAGGGUACGCACACAGGAAGUACCAGCUCCUUUGAGUAUGAGAUGUCUCAGGAAGGCUUCAGUGCUGUCUUCACCUCCGAUGGUCCCUUGUUGGGCGCUGUGGGGAGCUUUGACUGGGCUGGCGGAGCCUUUCUGCAUACGUCAAAGGAUAAAGUCACCUUCAUCAACACAACCAGGGUAGAUUCAGACAUGAAUGAUGCUUACUUGGGUUAUGCUGCUGAAGCCAUCUUGCAGAACCGGGUGCAAAUCCUGCUUCUGGGGGCGCCUCGAUAUCAGCACAUCGGCCUGGUGGUGAUAUUCAAAAAGAACGCAGGUGCUUGGGAGAAAAAUGCUGAAAUCAAGGGCAGCCAGAUCGGCUCCUACUUCGGGGCCUCCCUCAGCUCCGUGGACGUGGACAGAGAUGGCAGCUCCGACCUGGUCCUCAUCGGGGCCCCCCAUUACUAUGAGCAGAGCCAGGGGGGCCAGGUGUCCGUGUGCCCCUUUCCCCGGGGGAGGGCUAAGUGGCAGUGUGGUGUUGUCUUGAGAGGGGAGCAAGGCCACCUCUGGGCCCGCUUUGGGGCAGCUCUGACGGUGCUGGGGGAUGUGAACGGGGACAGGCUGACGGAUGUGGCCAUCGGGGCCCCGGGAGAGCAGGAGAACCGGGGUGCUGUCUACCUGUUUCACGGAACCUCGGGACUGGGCCUCAGCCCCGCCCACAGCCAGCGGAUCACAGGCUCCCAGUUCUCUCCUAGGCUCCAGUAUUUUGGGCAGUCAUUGAGCGGGGGCCAGGACCUCACAAUGGAUGGACUGGUGGACCUGGCUGUAGGGGCUCAGGGGCACGUGCUGCUGCUCAGGUCCCAGCCGGUGCUGAAAGUUGAGGCGACCAUGGAAUUCACACCCAGGGAAGUGGCAAGGGAUGUGUAUGAGUGUCGUGAGCGGGUGGUGAAAGGCCUGAUCGCUGGGGAAGUCAGAGUCUGCCUCCGCGUCCGCAAGAGCACAUUGUUCCUUCUCUCUUACUCUUGUCACUGUCUCUUCUUUCUCCAACUCCAGAUCACCUUCAAUAUCACAUUUGACGUGAACCCUGAUGCUUUCUUUGGAAACAAACUACUUCUCAAGGCCAAUGUGACCAGUGAGAACAACAUACCUGGGAACAACAAAACCGAAUUCCAGCUGCAGCUGCCUGUGAAAUACGCUGUCUACAUAGUGGUCACCAGCCUUGAGGUCUCGACCAAAUAUCUCAACUUCACAGCCUCAGAGAAUACCAGCCACAUUAUAGAGCAUCAGUAUCAGUUCAACAACCUGGGCGGGAGGAAGCUCCCCAUCAGUGUGGUCUUCUUGGUCCCCAUCCAGCUGAACCGGGUGACCGUGUGGGACCAGCUCCACGUCACCUUCUCCCAGAACCUCUCCAGUAGAUGCCACACCAACAGGAGUGACCCUCGUGACUCUGACUUCCUGGGGGAGCUUAAGAAGACCCCACUGCUGAACUGCUCCAUCGCUGUCUGCCAGAGAAUCCAGUGUGACAUCCCCUCCUUUGGCGUCCAGGAAGAAUUCAAGGUCACCCUCAAGGGUAACCUCUCAUUUGACUGGUACAUCAAGACUUCGCAUAACCACCUUCAGCUUGUGAGCACUGCAGAGAUCUUGUUUGAUGGUUCGGAGUUUGCCCUGCUCCCAGGACAGGGCGCGUUUGUGAGGGCCCAGACAGAGACCAAAGUGGAGUCUUACGAAGUACAUAACCCUGUCCCGCUGAUCGUGGGCAGCUCGGCUGGGGGGCUGCUGCUCCUGGCCCUCGUCACAGGCGGCCUGUACAAGCUUGGCUUCUUCAAACGGCAGUACAAGGACAUGAUAACUGAAGCUGGCCCUGAAACUGCCCUCCCCCAGUAACAGCAGCUCCUUCCCCACUCCUUGCUGAGUGGCCUCCCCUGCAGCAAACAGGAUGUGGUCGGACCGAAGAGUGAGCGGGUCCCCAGGCUGCUGGACGGACACAUCUGUUGGGAGCCCAGGGCGGUGAUGUCUCACUCAGGAGCAACCUGCUUGGCUUUCCAUUCCUGUGUGUGUGUGUGUGCUUGUGCGCAUGCACGAGCGUGAAUUGUGUGUGUGGCUCAGAUCUCUCUUGCAUGAGGACAAGCGCCUUCGCACAAAUCUCAGGCAGAAGGGAGUUGCUUGGGCUUCCUUGUGUGUGGGUGAAGGUGCCAUUGGUUCUUCCUCGGGGACAGAGGUGAUGGCAGCUCUUGUGGGCGAACACAAAGGGAAGGGCAAGAAAUCCUCCCCCAGCUAUAGGAAGCGAGAUCUCCUUUUGUGGGUGAGCCCGCAGGCCAGCAGGAGCCCAUGCAGCUGGGCCUGAGCCUACCCGGACAAGCCAGCAGGAACCUGUCCAACCAUUCCACACUAGAGCUGAUGUGUCCAGUGCGCAAUGGCGCACCUCCCUUUAUGUAUUCACUUUAUCAUUUUAAUGCUACUUUUAUUUUUUGAAUGGAUGAACAGGUCCGUAGUAUCAAAAUCAAAAGACACGCAAGGGUGUGGGAUGAAGUUUCCCUUCCAUCCUGGUCGGCCAGCCAUUUAGGUCUCUUGUAAAGGGUAGUCCAGGUUAUGCGUUUGGGGGUCUCCUUCACAAAGACUCUAGGCAUAUGCAAACACACACACACAUACACACACACAAGCUUUUUUACACAAGUGGCAGCAUGCGUUGUUUAUACUGUUCUGCAUCUUGCUUUUUUCAUUAAUAUGGCUCAGACCUUGUUUUAUAUCAAGACAUAAAGUACUUUUUCAUUCCUUUAUAUAGUGCGCCAUGUUCCACUGUGUGGGUGGAUCCUAGUGUCCUUAACAGUAUCCCUCAUAUAUUAUUUCCAACUUCUCGCAAUGACAAAUAAUGGUGAAUUAAUAAAUUGAAUAUAUGUCAUUUUUGCAUAUGUGUAAGACAAUUUAUAGGAUACAUUCCCGGAAGUCUGAAUUCUGCCAGAAGCAACCCCAAGAGAAGAAUUUGAGUGAAAGAAGCUUAUUUAAGAGAGACGCC